AUGAAUGCAUUACUCCCGAAGUUAUUCUACACAGAAACACAGGAAUUCCUGGCGAUGCUUAGACGUGAUAAGGACGUCAUGCCAUUCGCGAGAUUCGUCCAGCCAGGGCGAGUAGCCCUGGUAGCAGAGGGCCCACUUAAGGGAAAAUUGGUCAGCGUGGUAGAUGUCAUUGAUCAAACUCGUGCCCUUGUUGACGGACCCGGCAGCGGCGUUCCCAGACAACAAAUCCGCCUUAACCAGUUGCAUUUGACAAAGUUCCGUCUCAAGUUUCCAUUUACAGCACCUACACGUGUUGUAAGAAAAGCAUGGACGGACGAAAAACUGAAUGAGAAGUGGGCUGAAAGCCAGUGGGCUAAGAAGCUAGAAAACAAAGAAAAACGGGCCCAAAUGACCGACUAUGACAGAAGCCAGCCAAAAAGUAACUACGAGGUGGACUGCCAAAAGAUGAGGAUUUCUAGUGGAAGUGAUCACUGGUUUUUAAUAACUGAUGGCUUGCAUCUGCAAUAUUUAAUGUGUAAUUUGCAAGUAAGAACAUUUGAAGUAUCAAGAACCAAGAAUAAAUAUACAUUACAAUUAUUUAUCAUCCAGAAUCUUGUUUGUGGCAGUUGCUUGAAGGUCUGA